AUGGACGCUAGUGCAAGAGCCACCUACCUCAAGAAGAUGCAUGAAGAAACACGUUCCACAAUCGAGCGCCAAGUACAACGACUCGCCUCCAAGCUCAACAUCCACAAGUCUCCGAUGGUGUUCCAACUUGGUGAUCAAGUAUGGAUACAUCUUUGCAAGGACCGCUUCCCCAAGGAACACAAGUCCAAGCUACUCCCGAGAGCCGAUGGACCAUUCAAGGUGCUCGCACGCUACAACGACAAUGCCUACAAGGUCGACAUACCACGUGACAAGUACAACAUUCACGGACCUUCAACUACAAUUAACAGCGGCGCGGGGACAUCUACUGCGGGGAGCUCUGAGCGCAUGGAAGACGCGUUCCACCAGCGAGCCAACACUCAUGCCACAAACAAUGCCGAUUCAGUGUCGGAAAUGGCAAUCGUGCCAGCAAUACCGACAAGCACACAUGUGCACACCAGCACAAGCAACACUCAAGCAGGUGAAACAGCCGCCGAUACUGAAGUGAAUGAUGAAACCGAUGACGAAGCACAAGGGGAUGAAGAUGGUGGGCAAUCAGAAAUCAUGGUACCCCAGCCACCGUAUCUUGGGCAGAGAUUUGAUUCAUUUGCAGAUGCAAAGGAAUUCUACCAGACAUAUGCAAAGUUCCAUGGGUUUGCGGUCAACACCGAAUACCAUAGGAAAAUUAAAAAAACUAAUGAGUACAGCAGAGGUGAGAUGAGGUGCUACAAGGCACGAAGAAACAAGAAGGGCAAAGGUGAUGCGCCUGUCGUUCCGGAACGAAAGAGAGGUAUCAUUGUCAAGACGGAAUGCCCUGUCCGGUGUAAGCUGAACGUAGAUGGAGCACAGUGGGUGGUCACUGAAUAUUUUGACGAGCACAACCACGAGCUAAUAAAGAAGUUUGACCUGGUAAAAUUUCUGACCGCCCACAGAGGAUUCACCCCCCUCGAGAAGAAAUUCAUAAAGCUGCUACAUGAUUGUAACGUCGGUCCAUCAAGAAUGGUGCAGAUACUCUCCCUCAUCCACAGCAAAAACGGGUCUCUGAGUAGCAUGCCCUACCUACCAGCAGACGUCACAAACCUAAAGGCAAAGUACCGUAGAGAAAGCAAGUUCGCUGACAUAGAAGCCACGAUAGCCUACUUCAAUGAGAAAGCGAAAGAAGAUCAAGAUUUCUUCUACAGGAUAAGAUUGGACGAUGAGGACCGUGUCAGGAACAUGUAUUGGGUGGAUGGUGCUGCAAGAAGAGCCUACAAACAUUUCCGAGGCUGCAUUUCUUUCGACGCGACAUAUCUCACUAAUAUGUACAAGAUGCCACGCGCUCCAUUCAUAGGAAUAAAUAACCACAAUCAGUCAUUGCAGUUCGGAUGCGGGCUCGUUCAGAAUGAAGACACGGAUGGGUACGUUUGGCUGUUCAAGACCUUCUUGGAGUGCAUGGGUGGACUUGCUCCGAUGAACAUAAUAACAGACCAGGAUUUUAGGAUGCGUGCAAGCAUAGAGGAGGUCUUUCCGUUGGCAGUGCACAGGCACUGCAGGUGGCACAUUAUAAAGAAGGCUGAGGAGGCACUAGGACCGUUCUUUGCUAACCAUCCAGACCUGCACAAGGCAUUCGAGCUGUGCGUGGACCACAGCUUGACGGUGGAGGAGUUUGAAAGGAGCUGGAUGGCUAUGAUUGAAACAUAUCAAGUCCAAGACCACGAGACGCUUGCUAGCUUGUGGGAGAAGCGAAUGUACUGGGUGCCGGCCUAG